UUGUGUUAGGCUGACUUUAAUACGAUAGUGGAUGACUUUUUUGUUUUUGGGUUGGCGUUCGGUGGAAUCCCUGCAAGCUAGGGACAAAUUACCGUCGUUCUGAUUGUUAUCAAAAAAAAAAAAAAUCUCAUUCUUAUUUUGAUUAUAAGAUUUGAGUGAAAAUAGCCUGGCUCGACCUGCCCGGUCUGGUUUCGAGCAGCUUCUUCCUUCCUCCUCCUUGUCCUUGACGACGGCGGCGGAGGACGACCAGCGCCACCUUUCCGGCGGCUCAUGCGGAUCAUUUACUACUUGCUUCCAAGCAAUCUUAAUGGUGUAGUUCCAUCAGCAUUAUGAGGGCCUUGUCCACUUCAUGCUUGUACAUCGAUUUCUUGGCCGUUGAGUAUAGCUGGCAAUUUAUGCACAUUUAUGGUAAUGAUCCUGAAGAGGCUAGGUGCACUUCUGCAGCAGUGCUCCAAAACCAAGGCUUCCAACCAUGGCGCCGCCGUUCAUGCUGUUAUCAUCAAAAUGGGUUUGGGAUCUGACCUCGUUCUCUCCAACCAUCUAAUCAACAUGUAUGCUAAGUGCAACAAUUUUAAAGCUGCACAUAAAGUUUUUGAUGAGAUGCCCAACAGAAACCUUGUCUCAUGGUCAGCUAUGAUUGCUGGCUACGAUCAGUCUGGCAAUCCUUUAAUGGCUCUAAAUCUCUUUGCUCGAAUGCAACUCCUGCCCAAUGAAUACAUCUAUGCCAGUGUGCUCAGUGCAUGUGCAAGCAUUUUGGCCCUGAAUCAGGGAAAACAGGUUCAUGCCCACUCACUCAAGUCUGGAUAUGAUAACGUUUCUUUCGUUUUCAACUCUCUUAUGUCCAUGUACAUGAAAUGUGGUUGCUUUGAUGAUGCCUUCAUCAUCUUUAGCAGUGUCUCAGAACCCAAUUCCAUAUCUUAUAAUGCGAUGAUCACAGGUUUUGCGGAGAGCUCGCAACUUGAAAAAGGUCUGGAGUUGUUCAGACUAAUGAACCAACGAGGUCUGCAUCCAGAUCAGUUCUCUUGUGUGGCUGUGUGUGGAAUUUGCACCACGUUGGAGGAUUUGGAAACAGGACGAGAACUCCAUUGCCAAACGAUCAAGCUUGGGGUUGACAGUUCAGCAUUUGUUGGCAAUGUUAUUUUGACCAUGUACUCAAGAUGCGGUUCAAUGGAGGAGGUAGAAAGAGUCUUCCGAUCAAUCACAAAGAAGGAUGUCAUUACCUGUAAUACAUAUAUUGUUGCGUGUUCCCAUUGUGGACAACCUGCCAAAGGUUUGAUGGUUUAUAGAGAGAUGGAGGAGAUGGAAAAUGCCUUCGGGAUCAGGCCUGAUGACUUCACAUUAGCCAGUGCUCUGGCUGCUUGUGCCGAGCUUGCUUCAAUCCAGUAUGGUCAUCAGAUCCAUGCUCGUCUCAUUAGAACUAGGAUUCAUUUAGAUGUUGGAGUUGGCAAUUCGGUCAUCAACAUGUAUGCCAAGUGCGGUUGCAUUGCAUAUGCUCAUCAUGUAUUUCAACGCCUCCUCAACCGAAAUCUGGUUUCUUGGAACACAAUGAUCGUUGGGCUUGGAAAUCAUGGCUAUGGGAAGAAUGCUGUGGAAAUUUUUGAGCAGAUGAAGACAGCAGGUGUGCAGCCGGACUCUGUCACAUUCAUUGGGCUUCUAACAGCUUGCAGCCAUGCAGGAUUAGUAGAUCAAGGUUUAGCUUAUUAUAAUUCCAUGCAGGAAAUUCAUUCUAUAUCUCCCAAAAUCGAGCACCUGUCCUGUUUAGUUGAUAUGCUGGGUCGAGCUGGGAGAUUAGAAGAGGCUGAAGUAUAUGUUAAAGUGUCUUCUUUUGUGAAUGAUUUGGUCAUUUGGGGUAGUUUGCUGUCUUCAUGUCGGCUUCAUAAAGAUGUCAUUGUUGGGGAAAGGGUAGCAAGAAAGCUGCUGGAGCUUCAACCUAGCACGAGUUCACCAUAUGUGCUCUUGUCAAAUUUGUAUGCUUUAGAUGGGAGAUGGGAUGGAGUUGCAGAAGCGAGGAGGCUAUUGAAGGGCAGCGGAGUGAAGAAAGAGCCGGGUCAUAGCUUAAUUCAAAUAAAGGGCAUUAGCGAAAAGUUUACAGCCGGAGAUUUUUCACAUGCUAGAAUUGAAGAAAUAGUAGAAACUUUGGAUAAUUUAAAUUUGAAGGCAAAAAGGUUUCAUUUAUAGUUAUUUUUUUAAUUAUUUAAUUUAUCUAUUGUUAGCCUGGUGAAGAGAAGAUGUUGUAUCAGACUUCAUAUUUUGUUCCAGUGCAAUCAAACUCCCGAAAGAUAUGACAGAUACAGCUGUGUACUAAAAUCGUCAUAUAUUUAAACCAUCAAUAACCUAGCUCUUGCUUUGGCAAGAUGGACAGAAGGCUUUCACUGUCAAAUAUUAGACUUAGUAUUUUUGACCCCCUGUUUUCUUGGAUGGCUACCAAAAUCCAGAAGUAUUUAAAUCCCAUUUUAUGGUUAGGCUUGGAUUGUCAUUCUAAAUAUUUCAGAAAUUUGAACUUUAAUUCUUUUGUGAACAAGACCUGGAAGACUUGGUCAUUAACUACUAAAGGUAGCUAAAAUUAUCGUUCUCAUUUUUUUUUUUUGAGAAAAAUGUGAAUUUCUCACCACCAUCUCAUUGCAAGUAUGAAAUGAUACAACAGGGAACUCACAAAAUAGACCCCCUGAAAGAAAGAAAAAGAAAGAGAGGAGGAAAGAAAAAGAAGAAAAGAGGGGAGGAAGGGAAGAAAAAGAAAUGGAGCACAAGGAGGCUUCAGACGACCCUAAACAGGUGAGAACAGACUCCUUAUCAUUCCUCAUCUUGCCCCGUGAAGCUUUGCUUUCGCCUCUGCCGCUUCAUCUCCUCCACAAGAUGAGAGGGGGAAAAACUCUAGAGGGGGGGAUAUGGGGCAAGGGGAAAGAGUUAAUGUUCAGAACUUGGUAUUCAAUUUUCUGCCCUUAUCUACAUGCUCAACAAUUUCCUUGUGAGCUACUUAUCAUUAUGAAUAUGCUCUUCAAAUGCUCAACAGACAAGAUCUGUAAAUGAGGUAAAAGUCUGCCACUAGCCUAAUCAAUAGUAACAGUACUUCUACCAUCUGCUUUUUUGUAUCAGCAGCAGGAUAGAUGUUGAUCAUUCUGGAUUUAUUCAGGAAUUUGCUGUGGUUGUCUUUAUGUAAGCACAGAAUGCCGAUAGGUGUAUACCGUUUAGAAUACAAACAUGCAGUUGACUCUUGCUCUACCUUUCCCAAGUCCCAUCAUCUCUAUUGGCACUGUCCUCACUUUUGAACCGUAUAUAAGACACCUGGUGCUUGUGAAUUGUGAUCAAGGCUGCAAACUCUUAAUUCUAAGAGCAUAGUUUCAUGCAUAAUGCCUUCAAUAAUUAUUAUCUUUUAAAACACAGAAAGCAUGGUCCAUGAUAACUUUGUCAUUCAAUUAUUCACCUGGUUUUGAAAAGCUACACCUUGUCUCAUUUCCUAUUUGAAUUGAUAACAUUUAGUUGCCUCCUUGUAGAAUUCAUUAAAUGUGGAAACAGAGGCCUCGAUACCACUCUCCCAAUCAUAUGCUCUACAAGAUGAAGAGAACCCUGAUAUUUCCAGAAAAGGGGAGGGUGCCGAUGCCUUAGCAAUGUUUUCCAAGAAUAAACAGGUUAUUUCAUGGCAAGAACCUUUACAUUGUAAAUGCAUUUUCUACUAUUAUGAUACUUAGUCAACAUCCAUUUUGCCUUUCAAAAAGCUCUUGGUUGCUUUCUUUUGUGAUAAUGAAGGCUUCAGUAUCUACAAUUGAAAAACCAGAGGACAAGAAAACUUCUAAAGAUGGAAAAAUAAUACUUGAUUUAAUGGAAGCUAUUCGUGCUACUGAAAGAAAGCAAGCUGAAGCAGACGCUUAUAUCUUUGCUGAGGAGAAAAGGAAGCUAAAGGGUCAUAGGCAAUGUCCUAUGCAAUGGGGGGUCGGCCUGAUCAAUAACCCAACCAUGACAAAGGCAGAUCAAAUCCAUGUCCUUGAUACAACCAUCAAGAGACUUUACGAGCUUGCUAAGCUGGCAGUUGGGAGAACUUGUGCAGGCAUGUGUUUAGUCUCACAUUAGUUGUUUUGUGGAGAUCUAAGGUACUUAAGCAGGUCUGAUGACCCCAAAUGAUAACAUUUUGGCCACGUUUUCUCGAGUAAGGUCUUAGGUCGUUAUAAAUAGUAUCAAAGCAAACCCAACCCCUCGUUCAUGUGCCUAAGGGACUGCAGCACAGUCCUUUUGAGGCUAACCACAGUGAGAGAUUUUAGUGUUUCAAUGAAUUCUACCAUUUCCUCUCGCCAUUUAGUGUGAUGGCUACUAGUAAAUGCUCUUAUGCUUCUGUUCAUCACUAUUAUAUGCAUGCUAACCUGUUGGAGAAUUGCAUAGAAUUUUUGAAAUCUAUUCCUUUUUUUUCCUAAAAAUGCGAGGUUUAACUAAUUGGUGGCACUUGAUUAAUCACCCAUAGAAUUUCCACUUUUCUUUAGCCUUCUGUUUUCUUUUGGUUUCAAUUGAUGCUUCAUGCCUUUUUAUCUUUUUACUCAGGGAUAUGAUUUUUCAACUGCGCUUAGGCACCUGAUUUAGGGACAGCUCUUCAUUGCAGUUUGAUUCCUUAAAGUGAACCCUUAGCCUUAUCCCAGCUGGGGGUGGUGGCAUCCUUGCUCAUACUGUAGCUCACAUUGAAUCUUCAACAAUGGUAACAUAAUGUAGCAGCAUGUUGCUUUGAACAAGGGAUGCAAUUCAUCUACCAAAAUGAAAGAAGAUCAAUCUGGCUGCGGCCUCGAGUCUGACAUCACUGAAGUCAAGAACUUUUUGGUAGAGGAAUAAUUUGCAGAAGCAGCAGAUGUCUUGGAAGGAGGAGUUCAUUGCAGCCAAGCAGAGGAAAUCGUCAUCGAGUGGGUGAGGCAAGCAAGGAAUCACGCUAUUGCAGAGCAAGCGCUCUCUCUUCUUCAAGCAUACGCCACAUCUAUUACCUUUGCCUCUACACCUAGAUGGUUUACCAUUCCGACGGUCCAUGUAGGUCCUUUUGGUUCAUGUUACGACCCUCACAUUACCAUUACUGCUGCCUGAGUACUCAAUCAGUCUGGUUUGGACUGAGAAUAAAAUUUUGUUCCUUUCGUUUUUGGGGUUAUUUGCCCAUUGUGAGAUGGAUAUUCAAAUACAAUUUACAGACGAGUGAAAUUUUUUUA